AUGGCCGGCGCCGGAAUCCACCCUUACCACCAGCAGUGGCCGCCAGCUGGAGCUCCACCUCCUCCCGCCGCAGUCUCAUCAGCUGCUCCACCACACCCCCCGCCCGUACAUCAUCAUCACCCUCCUCCUCCUGGUUUAGUUGACAACCACAAUCGUCCUCCGUUUGACGAGCUUCGGACAAUCUUCAUCGCAGGACUUCCCGAUGAUGUAAAAGAGAGAGAGCUUCUGAAUCUGUUAAGAUGGUUGCCUGGUUAUGAGGCUUCUCAAGUGAACUUCAAGGGAGAAAAGCCCAUGGGUUUUGCUCUUUUCACCACUGCACAGUCUGCAAUGGCAGCUAAAGACGCCCUUCAGCAUAUGGUAUUUGAUACCGAGUCAAAAUCUGUGAUCCAUACAGAGAUGGCCAAGAAGAAUCUCUUUGUUAAAAGAGGUAUUGUUGGGGAUUCAAAUGCUUAUGAUCAAAGCAAGCGGCUACGUACUGGUGGCGACUGCACACACUCUGUUUAUAGUCCAUCUCCCUUCCAUCCUCCACCUCCUCCGGUUUGGGGACCACCUCAUGGGUAUAUGGCACCUGCACCUCCACCAUAUGACCCCUAUGCAGGUUAUCAUGCUCCCCCUGUACCAAUGCCUGCUCCUCCACCUAUAUCAGCUCCUAGUUCAUAUGUUCCUGUCCAGAACAUUAAAGAUAAUCCACCUUGCAAUACCCUAUUUAUUGGUAAUCUUGGGGAGAGUAUAAACGAAGAAGAGUUAAGGGGCCUGUUGAGCGCGCAACCAGGUUUCAAGCAAAUGAAGAUUAUAAGACAAGAAAGGCAUACAGUUUGCUUUAUUGAAUUUGAGGAUGUGAACAGCGCCACAAAUGUUCACCAUAAUUUGCAAGGUGCUGUCAUUCCAAGUUCUGGCUCAGUUGGCAUGAGGAUCCAAUAUCCUUUUUAA